CAUGUUUCCUAAUUUUGCUCCAAAUCAAGACGCUUAUCACACCUCAACCAAUACUCCUUUUCAUUCCCCCUCCCAAUAUAAAUUCCUUUAAAUCAUUCCACAAUUCCUCACACUCAAAAGAAUAUUCCAUUCCGCCUCCAAAAUUAAUCAACCAAAAUGGCCGAACCCGAAACUACCUCCUCCGCCGAGUCGACUCACGAGUCGGCCGAGUUGAAGGCGAAGGAGAGCGGGAACAAGCACCCGCUCUACCGAGGAGUGAGGAAGCGGAGCUGGGGGAAAUGGGUCUCCGAAAUCCGCCAGCCGCGGAAGAAGUCCCGCAUUUGGCUCGGGACUUAUCCCACGGCCGAGAUGGCGGCGCGGGCCCACGACGUGGCCGCGAUGUGCAUCAAGGGGAACUCGGCCAUCCUCAACUUCCCCCAGCUCAGCGCCUCGCUGCCGCGGCCCGAGUCCCUCUCGCCCAGAGACGUGCAGGCCGCGGCAGCGAAGGCCGCGGCCAUGGAGGAGCUCGGCUACUGUCAGCUGAGCUCCUCCAACUCGCCCUCCUCCUCCUCGUCUUCUUCGUCGACGGUGACGUCAGUUGGCCAGGAGGGGAAUGCGGGGUCGGAGGAGCUGGGCGAGAUCAUCGAGUUGCCGAGUUUGGAGGGGAGCUACGAGUCGGGGAGCGAGUUGGCGGUGGUUGACUCGGCGGAGGGGUGGCUGCAGCCGCCGUGGUGGGCGUUGGAUAAGAAUUUUUACGACUACUUCUACAAUGAAUUGGGUGGCGGUGACGGCGGCGGCGGCGGUGGUGGGAGUUUGAUUUCAUGCAGCUUUGAGACUAUCAAGUGGAGUUGCUAAAUUUAGGAGGUGUGCCUUGUGCUUUAGGAUUUGUACUUUCGCUUUUUUGAUGGUUCUAUAUUGUAAAUAAUCAUUUUCUUCAUUUUCUCACAAAAAAAGUUAUUGCCAUUUUUUUUCUAUUGUUUACUUUUUUUUUGGGUUAGUUGGCUACCUUGUAAAUAUGAGUGUUUACCUUUUCUUUUCUUUUUUUCUUUUUAAUAAAUAAUUAGUGGUUUUACACAUUUGGUGAA